AUGUAUGAAAUGGAUGAUGUGGUACGAUCCCUGAAGCAAGAAUAUCGUAUUAUAUUGCUGCUAAACCAUAGGAACAAGAAUCAACACAGAGCGGCUGGAUGGUAUGAAGCAUUUAAUGAGAUGAAAAGAAACUGUGGACAGAUAGUAGACCUUCUUGGCUCGAGGAGAUUACAAAGCAAGCGCUUAAGAGAUACCGAAUGGGUAAAGCUAUACAAACUAUUACAGAGGGCGCUCUUUAGACAGUUGAAGAAAUGGUACUGGCAGUUUAAUGGCAUAAUUGCCCUUGGGCAAUUUGUAACGCUCGGUUGUACACUAGUAGCGCUACUAGCAAAUAUGAGGGCAUUGUAUAUGAAAUUAUGGGAAAUGAAUAAUACUGAAUUUGUAAGACGUGGAUGUUCCAUGAAAAAUUUGCCAAAGACAAAGAGUGAAACAGGUGUGGAUAAUGGCGAAGAACUUGGAGAGAUUAUCGAUGAAGAUAUUGGUAAUACAGUUAGAGAAAACGAGCUUGUUGUAAUGCCAUCGCCAUUGCCUGUAACAGAGAAUGCCAAUAAGAAAAAAAAGAAAAAAAAGAAGAACAAAUCAGCCAUCGAUGGCAUAUUCGGUUAA